AUGUCCAACUCGAACAAUAUGGCCACCGCUCAGGCUGGGCCUUCGCGAACUGCCACCCCGACUGGCGGCAGUAGAACCAUGGAAAUUCGACCCCAGCCUGUGCUUCGUCUCUCCGCACCUUCGGGAGUGCUUCGAUUACGGGCAGAGCCAUCAGAGCAAAGACACAUCCAGUGGGCGGAAGAUGUGAUCGACAACGAAGGCAUGGGUAAAAAGUCUUCAAAAGUGUGCUGCAUCUAUCACAAGCCCCGCGCCGCCGACGAAUCUUCGGAUGACGACUCUUCAGACGGCUCUUCUUCCGACUCAGACUCCAACUCCGAGCCAGACAACAGCACGGCAAGGCCUAGUGGGAGGGCUGGUGGUCAGCGAGGACGACAUCCGCACCAACACGGCCACGACGACUGCGAGCACGACCAUGAAAAAGGCGAGGGCUCUGGCAAACCACCGAAACGCAGCCGACAGCGACGGAAGCCCAGCCCAAAUGCAUACGAGAAGAUGCCGAAGAACAAGAAGUAG